UCCAUCAGUGGGACAGGGACUGUAUGUGAAGUGUUGAUUGUUCUACCCCUGUUCGCACUCUCCCUACCCUCCCCGUAAUCUGUGACCACCGGGAUUUCUCAAGUACCACAUCAGCCGGCGCUGAUGUCGAUGGAACAGGACACCGGGGCACUGCCACGACGCAGUGCCAGGCUUGCAGUUCGUACCCGUCCUGUGGUACCUCCACGAAGCAAGUAUCAGCAACAGCGGCUCAGCAAGCGGACGACUCAGGCGGCAUCGAGUACAGCAUUGACAAUACCGGUUCCCACCGGAGUUCUUUCCGCAUGUCCGGUCCAAGGGGCCCUUGAACCGGUGGCUGACUACCUUGGGCGGCUACAGGUAUUCACUGAUGCUGUAGCUACCGCCAAGGCUCAGCAGGAGGCAGCACAGGCAGACCGUCAGCGGCUGGCCAAUGAGGCAGCAGCCCAAGCUCAGCAGACUGCUGAGGCUGACGCAGCGGCACGAGACAGACGGAAUGCCGCCAGCACGGAGUCCCUGAUUCAACAUGAGAAUCAGUGGACAACGCUACUCGAAGGCAUGUUCUUUGUGCCUACGGAAGCGCAGGCGGCUCCGACACAGGCGGAGGGAGAGAGAAGUAACCUGGCUACCCUGAUGUUGAGUGUGAUGAGGGGAGUAAUGUGGAACAACAAACUGCUGCAGGCACACCUGCUCGCGGAACGACAGCAACGACAAAAGCACCAGCAAGAGGUGGCCGCUUUAACAGCUGCCGUCCGCGACGCAGCAACGCAACAGCAGCAACAGCAACAGCUGUUGAACUCUACUCUCGCACGCAUCAACGGCAUUGAGGCUAAGGCCUCAGCAGCGCCAGGCUGCACGACAGACGCAACGAAGCAGCUCAAUGAGCGCAUCGAUCACGUCGUCACCAUCAUUGGCGAACUAGGUGAUUUCACUAGUUCGGCCACGAUCAGCAGCACGGUGGCCGCCAUCAAGACGAGCAUCACCAAACUGCAGACAAGACCGGAUGCCGCUACGAAGAAUUACAAGAUGCCGCACUUCGACAUCAGCAAGUUCGACGACUACAACAAGUCGGACGCCUUAACAUGGUGGCAAAGUUUCCUCACGGAAGCAUCAUGCCGCACUGUCCCGGCUGACGACAUGAUGAAGGCGCUCUACCUACAACUGAUUGGCGGAGCGCAGGCAUGGAUGAACCAUCUGGCGGCUACCAAGAAAUGCACCAUCGCCGAACUCCACACGCACAUCACGUGGAAGGAGUUCGAGCAACUGUGGUUCACUCGAUUCAUGGUCCGCAACGUCGUGAAGGCAGCCAUGAACGAGGUGUACACCUGCUCACAAGGAAGUAUGCCAACUCGAGACUGGACAACCAAGUGGCAAAAGAUAGUGACCACGCCAGGCUUCGAUUUGAGUUUUGGCCCGCGCGUUAGAAGGAAGACGCAACCCACACAAGUUACACUCGCGGACGGCCGCACGCAAAAGUCAAUUGACCAAUGCGUCGAAGGCGUUCCGGUAUACUUUGUGCCACUUGCGUGCGAGCCGGUGUCUUUUGACAUCCUCGACACCAAGUUCGACAUGAUUCUAGGCAUGUCUUGGUUGCGUAGCGCCGAUCAUCCGGUGAACUUUCAUGACCGAACCGUUCACAUCCGUGAUCGGAACGGAGUGUUAGUCCUAUGUACGGUCGCGACCCCUCACACUUCGAUUGCUUGUCACGUGGUUUCCAUUGCGAGAAUUCGUGACACCAUAGCUCGGAAUGAUGUCGAGGAGAUCGGCCUUGUAUUCUUGCAUGCCCUCCCAUCGCCGAACAGACCAGCCGCGUCACCGCCGGACCCACGCAUUACUCACCUCUUGGACGAGUAUGGAGACGUCUUCGAGGCUCCCACCGGAACGGCUCCCACCGAAACGAUUCCGGAUCAGGAAAAUCUAGUGAAUCUACCGCUAGAACAUGGAAAUAUCGGGGGGGCGUAUGAUCGACAGGGAUCGCGACGGGAUGGUGACAUAUCUUGUCACGAGCGGCGAGUGCGGAGAAAAGGCAUAUGCGUGAAAGCGUCCUCGUCUGUAGACGGCGACGGGAUACUAUGAGGAUAAGGGGGGGGGGGUGUCUUUGUCUCUCUCUCUCUCUCUCUCUCUCUCUCUCUCUCUCUCUCUCUCUCUCUCUCUCUCUCUGUGACGUUCGUGUACCGGCCUUGUAAUGUAGAAGACAUAUUUGAUCGAGAAAAAAAAAACCUGAGGCGGAUGUGCAAUCAAUUGCUGUUGUCUUC